AUGGAUGCAGAAGAGAAUUUCCUGAAUGCAAUACAGCAGGCGUUCGAUGAGAAUGCCACUACAUUACACUUCAGUUAUCAAGAGGGUACCACGGCAGUUCCUCCUGAAAUUAGGGCCCUGCGUGGCACACUGGAGAUACUGCACAUUGACAAUAACUAUUCCCUUGGAAGCCUCCCAUCAGCAAUUGGGGAGUUAGGCCGACUGCGUUGGCUUAAUGCAAGUUAUUGCAGGCUGACGACUGUUCCACGAGAGAUGGGUCGUCUUUCCCACUUAGAACGCCUGCAUUUGGGUAACAACUUACUUCAGGAACUGCCGAUGGAGAUGUGGCAGCUGAAGAGUCUACAAGAACUACGUGUGGAAAACAAUCAAUUACGUGUUCUCCCCGGGGGUCUUCUCUUUCUACCACGUCUGGAGGUGCUGCUGCUGGAAAACAAUCCACUGCUACUUCCUGAGGAGGUCAAUGGAGCAGCUCCCAUAACUAUUGCCCCACGGUUAUACUCGGUGGAUUGCUCCAACUGUUGCGUAAGAAUGCGGGAUCAUGAAGUGCUUGUUACAGUCAACAACAAAUCGGGUCAUCGUGAUAUACCGUUCGUGCACUGCGUGUGCUCUGACGCGUGUAAACAGCACCUUCAGACACGGCUUCAGGGAUACGACGCUGCGAACAGUGCGUAG